GUCCACCUGGGGAUCAAGGACCAGGUGCAAAGGGAGAGAAAGGUGACCCUGGCAGUCCAGGUCCUAGAGGGCCAAGUGGUUACAAUGGAACACAAGGUCUUCCUGGGCCACCAGGUACCAAAGGAGAGAAGGGAGAGAUGGGAACAGAGUUGACUGUGCGUCUUGUGCCAGGAAAAAACCAAGGACGAGUGGAAGUGAAGCACAACAAUAUCUGGGGCACUGUGUGUGAUGACAGAUUUGACCGUGUGGAUGGCUUGGUGAUCUGUAAGAUGCUGGGCUUCCAGACUGUCCAUUCCACCUUUAUUGCCGCCCCAGGGUCUGGCAAGAUCUGGCUGGAUGAGCUGCGGUGCACAGGAGCCGAGGACAAUAUCUUUGAUUGCCCUCAAGGUAAAAUCGGUGUUAAUGACUGCAACCACAAUGAAGACGCUGGGUUACACUGUCUGUAGACUGAAGACGGAAUCGCUGCUCUCAUGGAAUCAAGAGCAACAAAAUGUUUUCAGAAACUCAGUGUUCAGUAUAUAUCACAGGAAAUAUUACACAUUUUACUUCACUGUUUUGCUCAAAACUGACUUUAAUGAUUGAGCUUUAAAAACCUGUUAUGAGCUUGUGAUUCAGUACUAUACAAAAGCCUGCACAUUAAUGACGUAACAGUAAUUUUCCUUAUAGAUCACUAUAAAAUAUUCCUGAUAAAUUAA